AUGUACAUUCCCCAUACCCACCCAACUCAUAUCAAUGAGUCCCUACUAACAUGUGCCCAGGAAUACCUCCGACGGCCAACAUCAGCUGCGGACUGGUGGGCAGAACCAAACUCCCAUGUCUUAGGCUCGCGGGACCUCGCCAGAGAAGUCCACGGGACAUGGAUGGGAGUGACCAAACAAGGCCGUCUGGCCGUUCUUACAAACUACAGAGAAAAUACCCCCGAGACCGUCGUUGGUCUCCGGAGCAGAGGAUCCAUCAUCAACGGCUUCCUUGUGCUGCCUCCAGACAGCCCCAUGACGGCCCAGCAGUACAUCGAGGAGCUUGUUGCUGGGGGUGAGGGACAGGCAGCUGGCGGGUUCAGUCUUGCAUGUGGCGAUGUAAUGGGGCCGUUGGGUAUAGUAUCCAACCGUGCUUCGGCAGGCGAUGAAAUACCCUGGGUAGCUACGGGGCGGAACCAGACGGUUGGGCUAAGCAAUACGGCAUUUGGGGAUCGGUCGUGGCCGAAAAUUCUUGAGGGUGAGAGGCUGGUGAAGGAAGCGUUGCAGAAGAGCUAUUCAAAGCAGGAGAGUGAAUCGGAGCUUAUUGAGCGGUUACUGGGCGUGUUGAGCACGGAUACGCUGCCAAGAUUACAUGAUCGUGCCACGUUGGAGGAAUAUAUACCGUUUUUAAGUGAGAGUAUCUUCAUACCUGCUGUUGGAGAUCCGGAUGAGGGAGUGGAUGUUGUUGUAUCGCACGGUGCGGAGGCACAUACGUUGUACCUGAAGGGGAUGUACGGGACGCAGAAGCAGACUGUUAUUUUGGUUGAGGAGUCUGGGCGGGUGAAGUUUUUUGAGCGCACGCUUUAUGGGGAUGACACGAGGAAGAUUCCGGUUGGGGAGGGAGACAGAGAGUUUGAGUUUGUGGUUGAACGGUAG